AUGCACCUCUUUCUCUUUGGGGAUCCCAACAAAGCGUGUAAAACCUUUGUAGAGCCCUCCCAGCUGGGCGCGUUCGCAGUUCUGCCCCACGAAGUGCUCCUCAUUGCGUUGUCCUACAUCCAACCGAAGGACUUGCUCACGAGUGUAUCGCUCGUGUCUAAGUCCUUUCGCGGCUUCGCCCUCGACGACCACCUCUGGCGGCGUUUGUGUUUGCUGCGUUGGGGCGAUACCAUCCUCAAGGAGACCGAAGGCGGGCGCAAUCCAGAUGAAGGCGUCAAGUCGAGCCGGCGCAAGCUGCAGUGGGGCUGGGUCUACCGGUGGCGAAGCCUCGUAGAGCGAAACUGGUGGCGCGGUCAGUGCAGCACAACCACCAUCGCCUGUCCGGCUGAGAUCACAUGCGUACAGACCGACGGUCUGACCAUCGCCUCGGGCUCCUACGACCACAAAGUGUGGGACCUGGUGAAGGCGCAGUGGGUGGGCGAUGCCGAAGCCGUCGACGAAACCAAUGCCAACCUCGAUGAGGAGCCCGAGCCGACCGACGGCGACAACGAGGCACGAAUGAAGACCUGCAUUCACAGCAAAGGAUUCUGCAAGGCCAAGAAGCACGUACCCACCAAGGUGCUGACCGGCCACUCCCAUCGGGUCUAUUGUCUGCAGUUCAGCGGCAACACCCUGGUGAGCGGGUCGGACGACCACAGCAUCAAGGUGUGGAACGUCGAGCAGGCGCGAUGCACCAACACGUUCAUCGGUCACACGAGAGCGGUGCGAACCCUGCAAUUCGCGGAUGACGGGACGCUGGUGUCGGGCUCGUACGACAAGACAGUCAAGGUGUGGGACAUGCAGACGGGAAAGGACAAGGCGACGCUCAAGAGCCACACCACGUGCAUCUGUUGCCUCAAGUUCAACGACAGGAUGAUCGUGAGCGGCAGCUUCAAGGCCAUCAAACUCUGGGACACCAAGACCUACAAGCCCAUCACGGAGCUGCAAGGCCACGAGAGCUGGGUGACGGGCAUCCAGUUCGAUGACGUCAAGCUCGUGAGCGGGUCGAUGGACAACACCAUCAAGAUGUGGGACCUGCGCAACACAGCCUAUCCAUUCUGGACGAUCGGGGAGCAUUCGAAGCGGGUGCGGUGUCUGCAGUACGACGCCGGGAAGCUGUGCUCGGGGAGCUACGACUUCACGAUCAAGGUGUGGGACCUGGCGGCACGGGCCUGCGUGGUGACGCUCAAGGGCCACAACGCCUCGGCCCGAUCCCUCCACUUCACCGACGACGUCCUCGUCUCCGGCUCGCUUGACAAGUCCAUCAAGAUCUGGGACUUCUCGGCCAACGUGCCCUUUGAAUGA